AUUGCUGCAAUAAUAUUCCACACACACAUAUAUAUAUGUUUAUAGUAUAUAAGUAAUGUUAAUGGCAUAAAAUUAAUGAAACAUGUAGUAUUUGAUAAAAGUGCUCAUUAUCAUUCUAUGCAUAUAUAGCUCAAAUUUUCAUUAUUAUUUAUACCACCACAGAGUAGUAGUAGCAGCAGCAGCAAUAUAUAUGGGUUUGAGUUUGAGGCUGCUGUUUCUUCUUCUUCUUCUACUUCUUCUUGUGUGUGUGAUUCUGUCUCUACAGCAGCAGGAGGAGAGGUGCAAUACAUUUGAAGGGAGUUGGGUUUACGACGCGUCGUAUCCUCUGUACGACGCGUCGCAGUGCCCUUUCAUCGCCACCGGCCUCAACUGCCAAAAGCAAGGCAGGCCAGAUAUUGUCUACCUUCAAUACAGAUGGAACCCAAACCACUGUCUUCUUCCCAGAGAAAAAUCGCGAUUCAGCAAGCACGACUUCUUCUCGGAGCCUUCAUUCCAGAGCUCCUCCGCCUACCUCUCCGCCCUCUCCGCCACCGCACCGCCGCCUCCGCGACCGUCUCCUCGGCCGCGCCUCCGAAUCCGACGGCUCAUCGAGGCGAAGAAGCAAUCCGAGCACGAGAUGAAGAAGUGCCUCACCUGAUAGGACCUGAUCUGGCUCCGUCAUCGGCUCUGGCAUCUUCAGCAUUACCGAAUUGGAGACGCGCGACACCGCCUGCCCCGCGAUCAUCGCCUCCUACGCCGUCUCCGGCCUCUCCGCUCUCCUCUCCGUCUUCUGCUACACCGAAUUCGCCGUCGAGAUCCCCGUUGCUGGUGGAUCCUCCUCCUUCCUCCGCCUCGAGUUAGGGGAUUUCAUCGCGUUCAUCGCCGCCGGUAACAUUUUGCUCGAAGGACUCGUCGGCGCCGCCGGAUUAGGGCGAACCUGGUCCUCCUAUCUCGCUAGCAUCUUCAGUAAUAAUCCCGAUUUCCUCCGAUUUAGGGUUAAUUCCUUCGCUAAGGCUUCAAUGUACUGGAUCCCCUUGCUGUAUUAAUAAUUUUGUUAAUUGUGAACGGAAUCGCCAUGCUAGAACGAAGCAUUCAUCCCUCAGCGAAGAAAUCCACGACGAUAUGUAAUUUUUUAGAUUUUGGUUAAUUAGAUAUUAGACAUUAAUUAAACAUAAUUAUUAACUUACUUCGGUCAAUAUUGAUUUAAAACCCGUUGACUGUUAAAUUUUAA